GGUGGCGUCAUUCUCCCACUUUAUUGCUUCUAUCACCGGAAGUCGGGAUUCCUUAAUGGUUUAGUGACCGAGGAAGCCCAAGUGGUAAAUCCGAGAUGAGGCUCUGCGGAUGAGUGAGUUUAUAAAAAUGGCAAUUGCUCAAGUGUGAUCGACAGAUGAUCUCCAAGUCAAAUAGUGAUCAUGUUGAAACAGAAAACAUCGAAGCAUAGCUCAAGCCGAAAAGGAAGCUCUUCAAGCCAACCUAGCCCGGGCUUCUUGUUUAUCACCAACAAACUCGUCAUCCACAACCCAGGACGUGACGAUUAUCUUCACCUUAUUCCACCCAGCUCGCCAAACUACUACCGCGGCGAAGUCCCAAGCAAAGUCAUGCGCUACAAGAACGGCGAAGUCUCAGAAGCAACGGAUUGGCGAUGGUUUCGAGACGCUUCCACGCUUCCAGCAUCCGAAGGACAAUUACUGAGAGUGGACGGCCGCGGAACCUGCAUCACAGAUCAAUAUGGACAUUACUACCCGGCUGAAGAGUAUAAAACGUUUGGAGUUGCUGCUUGCAAUCCCCUUCUUCCAAUCAUGGUAGCCGAGCAAGACCCUCUCGUUACCACAUCAAACUGGGAACUCCUACGUGUAUUUCAUCCACCAUCAACCCCCGGACUCUCUCAAGUGAGCACCAUUACCAGUACCAUGGGUCCUGGGCCUGGUCCUUUGCUACACGUUGCUGGCAGAUCUCCCGCUUGGAUUCCUGGCCUACUCCCUAUGACCUACAAAGCACCUCGACGUGAUGCACCACACUCAGUAGGCCUUGGAGGAGAACUGCCUAUUGUUCUGGGGCUCAUGGCAUUGAAUGCACCUCCAGGCAGUGAGAUGAGCAACCAUUCGAUAGAAAGUGUAUUUCUUGGACACAGUCGAUUAUGGAAACACGGAGCUUGGACAAGUCCUGAUGCUCCCAGAGGACACCCCCCAACAGCUUGUGAAGAUCCAAAAGGAUUUAUUGUCAAGGUGUUUUUUGACCCAGACAACCAAUACUCAACUCGAGAAGAUCUCCGCAGUUUUGAGUGGGAGAGGGCUAUUGUUCGAGAUUGACCCAAAUGUUUGACAUCAACUUAAGCUUGAAUUGAUUUAGUCUAUUAUUCCGUAUGAAGCCCCCUGCUCUGCAGUCUGCC